UAAGGAGACCUCUGCUGAACAAGAUACUCAUCCCUUCAUCAAAGAAAAUGCCACUCACUCACUCAAAAGCACAACUAUCUCCAUCAACACAGGUAUAUGUGAUGACUCAAUGCAAGAUACAACUUCUACUAACCUAUCAUCUGGCAUUACAAAAGAAUACAACCAGCAAAUUCCUGUCUUAGUUAUUGCUGACAGCUCUCCUGAUCCAAAGUCAUGGUUGCAUCUUCAGGACCCUGAGGACCCAACCUCAACCCUGACACUGUAUGAAGAUUCAAAGGAUCACAUUUUAAACAAGACAACAUGGCUGUGUGAUUCUGAGAUACAUGCUGGUCAGAUCCUCCUAAAACAAAAAUUCCCUCUUGUAGAUGGUCUAAGGGACCCUGUUAUUGUGGGUGCAUUAGUCACUCCAGCCAUUAGUGAGUUUGUACAGAUCAUAAACACUGGCUCACACUGGGUUUGCCUGAGCACAAUAGCUACUAGUCCUGGAACUGUCAAGGUGUAUGACAGCUUAUAUCAAAAUGUAAGCGCGGUUGCCAUUGAUCAUUCAUGUCGCAUGCUAUUGUAUACUGGUUCUACAGUCACUUUUUCUAAUGAAAGAGUGCAAAAGCAAACAAAUUCAAAUGACUGUGGCUUGUUUGCACUGGCAUUUGCUACAGAUUUAUGCCAUGGCCUAGACCCCACAGCGCAGUCAUAUGACCAAGACAAAAUGCGCAAACACUACAUCAACUGCCUGGACUUGCAUGAUAUGGUUCCUUUCCCAAGAACGACAAGACGGGUACCAUAUCAUGCAAUCACCAAAAGAAAAGCAGUGACAAUCUAA